UACUUGUUAAUCUUUCUAGAAAUCUGCAAAACCCUUUGAAAUAAAUAAACUUCUGAUUUCAUUACAAACCAUGUAUUAAUAGCACUAACACACAUGCCCAAAACUUUCGCAACACUCAACCCUAAUAAAUUUUUGUUGAAUCAUUCUUUUAUUGUUUUCUGUUCUUCUGGGUUUUCUUAGAGAAAGUCAUUAUGUGUUUAAUAUGUUUGUUGAGAGAUGUGUCAGAAACAUCAAGAAGACGAACAACAACAACAAGAAACCGUAUUAAAUGUUGUCUUUUGAAUCACUCAAGAAGACGAAAACAACAGCUCAUCAGAUGUUUUCAUCAUCAUAGUCCGCACCAAGUUUCAUUCAAGUCCGUAACCAUGUUUUCUUCUACCUUCCUCAGAUUGGCUCUAUUACUCUGUCUUGUCUCUUCUUCAUUCUCCACCGCUUCUCCCUCAAAUUCUACUGGCACCGAUCAAACUCUCCGGCCUCAAGAAGAGCUCCAGAAACUAAAACUGAUUAGAAAAGAGCUCCUCAAGAUCAACAAGCCCGCAGUUAAAACCAUUCAGAGUUCAGAUGGAGAUACAAUAGAUUGUGUUUUAUCUCAUCAACAACCUGCUUUCGAUCAUCCUCUAUUACAAGGACAGAAACCAAUGGAUCCGCCUGAGCUCCCCAAGGGAUAUAUCAAAGACGAUGAACCGUACGAAGAUACUCAGCUGUGGAGUUUAUCAGGCGAGUUUUGCCCGGAAGGUACGGUCCCAAUUAGAAGAACAACGGAACAAGACAUGUUAAGAGCAAGUUCAGUUCGGAGAUUCGGUCGGAAAAUCAGGCGCGUGAGGAGAGAUUCCACAAGUAACGGACACGAACAUGCGGUGGGAUACGUAUCGGGGAGACAAUACUACGGAGCCAAAGCAAGUAUAAACGUGUGGUCGCCACGUGUCAGUAGCCAACACGAGUUCAGUCUUUCACAGAUGUGGGUUCUCGCUGGUUCGUUCACACACGAUCUUAAUACUAUCGAAGCCGGUUGGCAAAUUAGUCCAGAGUUAUACGGAGAUACUUACCCAAGAUUCUUUACCUAUUGGACGUCUGAUGCAUACCGAUCAACGGGUUGCUACAAUUUGUUGUGUUCCGGUUUCGUUCAAACCAAUCGUCGAAUUGCGAUAGGAGCUGCCAUUUCUCCUAGAUCUUCCUAUAGAGGUGGACAAUUCGAUAUAAGCUUAUUGAUCUGGAAGGAUCCGAAGCACGGUCACUGGUGGUUACAAUUCGGGUCGGGUACAUUAGUCGGUUACUGGCCAGCGUUUCUAUUCACGCAUCUAAAGCAACAUGGGAGCAUGGUCCAGUUCGGAGGUGAGAUUGUGAACACUCGGCCUGGUGGUUCACACACUUCGACUCAAAUGGGCAGUGGCCAUUUCGCCGGGGAAGGAUUUGGUAAAGCAUCUUAUUUCCGGAAUCUCCAAGUGGUUGAUUGGGACAAUACUCUUCUUCCCGUUUCGAAUCUAAAGACUCUGGCUGAUCAUCCCAAUUGUUAUGAUAUAAGAGGUGGGACGAAUCGUGUGUGGGGUAACUAUUUUUAUUAUGGAGGUCCUGGAAAAAAUCCUAGAUGUCCAUAAAAGAAUCAAGGAACGUACGUUAUUAUCAUUCUUUACAUGUAGUGUUUUAAUGAAUUUUGAGAUUAGAAAGAUAAGGAAUUACAAGUAUCUUUGGGGGUAGGUGUUUUGCAAAUAUCAUGUGGAUGAGUUUACCACCACGAGGGAACUUUGUCUUUUGUUUCUUCUUUUGGAUUACAGAUUAAUAGUGUUAUACUUUUUUUUGUUCGUUUUAUUUGUAGGUAUUUGUAGUAUAUCACAUUAUGGAUUUUUUAUGUUUAUGUUUGUUAUUGUCACCAAUGUGUAAAUGUCUUAAAAGAUUUGCUUUGUUAUGACGUAUACUCGUAUCAAAUUAAGUAUCUUCUCAACUUCUA